AUGGCGCUGCUGCUUCUUUGCGCAGACAAUGUGCUUCGCAAAAACAGGAAGUUAAAUACCAGCGGAGGAAAGCCGCCAACCACGGUGAAGCGGGCGACCCCGCCUGUGCAUUGGCUGGAUUCUCUAGCAAGGGAGCAUGGACUUUCCCACCUUGUAGACUUGCAGCGUGAGCGAAAACAUCUUGAUGCAAGGGCCGCGGAGGACGCAGUGCCAGAUCGGAGCAGGGUGGCGCGGUGCAUUGCCAUCGCAAAAGUUGAAAGCGGGAAGGAAAGCCGCGGAAUCCUCACUCAAUGGACAGAGGAGGAGCGAUACUUGGGUCGCUUUUUUGAUUAUGAUAGUGAUGCUGGGCAAGGCAUAUCUACCAUGGAAGGCUUCUGCAGCGUGCGUGUAGUGAAAAUUUUGCCUUUGGACCCAUUCUUAGAAGUCGAUUGCCCAUUCCGUUUUCGUUUCAAGUUUUGGUCGCCUGAAUUUCCUCUUACUUGGGAUGAGGUGGCGCAGAGCAGCGGGAUGAGCCGCGCGCAAUUUGAAAGCAGGUUGUCGUGUGGACCUGAAGAGGUUGCAAGUUUUUUGCAGGCACCUUGCGGCCUGCGCAUGCCGCCAUUGCCGCUGCAGUUAAUUUUACGCAGGGCUUGGACACAUUGUCUUCUGGAAGACAAGAUGUUUUUGGCGCAGAAAUUUCAAUUUAGUUCAGCGGUCGAGGCCUUCCAAAAACAAUUCCAAUUUCCCAGCCAGCAGUGGCUUCAGGUGCGCAAAAGGGAAUUGCAAAAAGCUACCGAAGCAGAGAAGGCAGCCAAGGCAUCCUCCGCUCAAGGUGAAGCUGAAGAUUCAGUUGCGGCUAUGCUUGCACCAGCAGGGCAAUUCAAUUUCACUGCGGAACACGCGGGUGCUUUAGCUUCUUUUUUGCGGGCACAGUCUGGCCACAUUUUGGGAACCAUUGAAGGGUGCGAUGAACAGAUGGAAUGCCAAUUUUUCUUGGAAGAUCAGGUGAGUCGUUUAGACCAAAUGGUGAAAGACGAGCAGAGGACGUGGCAAAUAGCUCAGGGCUACCGCAGAAAACGUUACACUCCCACUGCCAUGUUUCAUGCUUUGCUUGCAGCGAUGCACAUGAGGGACCGCGGGAAGUUAGCAGAGACGAUCCAGCACAGUUUGCAAAGCGCUGGCUGCGAGCCAGAAAAUGCUGAGCAAUCAGCCAAGAUGCUGCCUGGGCGGACGCGAAUCAGUGAGUCCCAGCUAAAGAUUGACGCGGCGCUCUGCACAUAUUUUGCCAGAGAGUUCUUUGCAAAGUCAAUUGGACACUUGUAUUUGUGGGCAGACAGCAGCCCACAAGGCGGGACUGAUUGGCUGCUGUCAAUGCUCAGGAUUGUGCCCCAAGAACAGCUUGAACCCAGUGCGGCAGCUGCUCGCCGCUUGCAAGCUUCUGUUCAGGAUUUCCAGCUAGCCGUGUCGAACAAAGAUUUUGCUUUGUCGAUGGAAAUAGCAGAAAGACGACAUGAAGAUGGAGUUUUCCUUUCGAAAGCCAUCGCCUUGCACAGGCAAAUUCCCCUUGGGCUGGGCAGUGGGGAUUCGUCGCUCGAAAAGAAAAUGCUUUGCAUUUUUCGAAAGGUACUUGCUGAAACACAAGAUUUCAAAUUGGCGCGGAAAGCACUGAGAAAAGUUGUAUGCGUAUGCACAGACAUGGGCACAGAAGGGGGGCUCUCGCUUGCCCAAGGUCUUAAGCUGACAGAGCUUUGUCCUGCAUGGGUUUCGGAUGCCAAUGCAGGCUUGGUAUCCGAAGAUGAUUGGGUGAACCUGGCCGGCGGCGAUUCUGAUUCCGACAAUGAUGAAAGCUCUGAAUAUUUCCUGCCCAACUCGAUACCGCACCUGGCUAAAGGCACUUUGCAGAGGUUUGACGCUUUGCCCCAAGCCAGUUUGCACCACCGUUUGACCUUAAAGUAUCUUGCCGCAGGGACAGAAGGACGAAGAGAAAUGGAAGCAUUUGUUGGAGGCGCGCCUCUUGAGGACCUACCAACACUUCGCAAAUUUGUUUGGAGCUUGCAAUUUGCACCGACCGUUGAAAGGGUGCAAGAAGGUGACCAUUCUAUAGUCAAUACUUUUGUGAACAAACGUGGCCGCUUCAGCGGUGCUUUUGUGAGCACAAGAUUACGCUUUCAAGAGAUCCGUGCAGUAGUUGCUGAACCAAGCAACUGCCGAAAGCUUGCCGCUUGCUAUGAUCUUGUUGAUGACCCUGAUGUUUUGGCUCGACAAUUAGGGUUUUCAAUGCGUCCACUGUGGACAGAAGCCAAGCGCCAGAAAUACACAAGGCGGUUGAAGUGCCAAGUGGCAGACCAAGUCUUGUAUUCCCUGGACCCAACUACGCAGUUUGUAUCUGUGAAGGCAGCUGCAAAGAAGCGGGCAGCCCGCAAGAAGGAGAAGGAGAAGCAAGAAGCAGCGGCUUUGCGCGCUUUUCUUCCACAAGCUGGGCGGCAACGUCAAUGGAAUAUUGGCAACGUGGAGCGGCUCGCUGCCGCACAUCAUUUGCAAGAGCGGAUGGUUGACGCAGCAUUGCAUGGACCUGUGGACGAAGGUGCAGCAUGGAUUGGCCAACAGGUUGAUCGGGCUUUGCAGGAGGCGCAUUUUGUCAACAGUCGGAACCUCACUCAGUCACUGCCGUGGGAAUCCGGAGUUUUUGCAACAAUUUUUGGAAGCAAUGACGAUUUUUUGGCAUCCAAUUUGGCUUCAUGUCCUUUGCCUCCUGACCUCGAGGAUGCACAGCCAACUGAGUCAAGUGUUGAUGCUUUGACAGGUGUCUCAAGUAAGAUUCUGAAGCGUGACCGCACUGACUGCAUUUUUUCACAGGUCGUCAAGUUGAAACGUGAUGUGGAUCAUCUUACAGCCAUAGAAGAGUCAUGGACGAAAGCACUGAAGAAGUGGCACACUGUUUUGGCAUGUGCUUGCUAUACAGGUUUAGUUGGUGCAGCAGUCAGGGAUGCAGUGAGCGAUGGAAGGGACUAUGGUAGUAUCCUCAGGGAUGUGUUUGGCAACAAAUCGCCGCGCACUGCAAACAAACGAGCAUCAACCAUGCUAGCACUUUUUGCGUGGCUGGACAAGAAGUACAUUGCUGGUUGUGUCCUUUUUGCAAUUUACAGCCGGUCAAGAUGGUCGGACUUGGCAUUCCUAAGUGACCUGGCUUUGGACACGACAGAAACAGAGCUGGGUCGAAUUGGUUUUGUGGAAGGCUCAACAAGAUUUCAGAAGACUGGCUCCACAGCCUUGAAGCGGGCGAUGCAGAUGCCGCUGGUGGCACCCAUUUGUGGGGUGACAGACAAACUCUGGGCAGUUGAGUGGUUUCACAUUUUGGAUCAGGUUCAGUUUGACCUAGCUGCAGAACCAGUGGGAGCUAUGUGCAGACCUCCCAUGAAUGGCACAUUGGGCACUCGACAUUUGUCGUCUGAAGAGAUUGGCGAUUUCCUCAACCACAUGUUGGGGCUGCAUGGUGAGAAUGUGGUUACAAGCCACUGCAUGAAAGCCACAACGCUCACUUGGCGCAAGCCAGAUGAUGCAGUUUCAGUUUCAGAUGCUCCUCCAAAGACCCGUGUGAAGGUAGAGGCUCCUCCCAGUGCCUUUGGAUCCGAGGACCAACAUGGUAUUGACGGUGUUUGCGGUGUUGUGGAUCUUACAGAACCCGAGUGGGACCUUUGUGGUGCACCUGGCAGUGAGGCAGAGGAUGACCGGGCUGCUCAAGCUCGAGAGUCAUCAGAUGAGUCGAGCUCGACUUCAUCAAGCUCCUCUGCGUGUGAAGAACCGUUGCAACAGAAAUACGGUGCUGCUGGUGAGACCAAGGACUGUGAGGAGCCGGUGUAUCAGCACAAAAAGAGCCGGGUCUUACACAGGCCUAACAAAGUGUCUGGCUUGAUGGCGUGUGGCAGGAAGGUUGGCAGUAGCUACAACUACUUGGAACAUGGGGCUUCUUUCAAAUGGGCACGGUGUGCAAUCUGUUUCAAGGGUGAGGUCAUCACCAAGGUUCAGGACCUUGCCGAUGCGUUGGAAGCUGUUCAUGCCAAAAUGGCUAGCAACACUUUGCUUGAAUCGGUGGCGGCGUUUGAGUCGCAAGCUAAGCGUGCUGGCCUCAAUGAGCAGUGGAUUGAAGCGUUUGGGAGGAAUGAUCUCAACAAGUUAGGGCGUUUGGCAUAUGCAGUGACAACGCCUGGUGUUGCUCCUACAACUGAACAAGUGACAGACUUCAUGAAUCAUUUGCGUCUUGGUGUGGGCCCUACACUCAGUGAGAUAACAGCUGUGAAGCGUGUGUUGUUUGAAGCACAGACGUUGACCAUUGCAAGCCUACGUUCAACUGUGCACUCACCUGAUGAUGCCAGCACACGUAGGGUAGCACCUGCUGAGCGUUCUGCAAGAAUCGAAGCCCAGCCUCAGCGACUUCAAGGUUUGGAAUUGUCUGGGCCCAUGGAACCAAGUCAUUGGCUGUAUGACCAGUUUUCAGCCAUGCUUGAGACUGGUGAGCUGAAAUACAUAUCUCCAGGCAAAUGCAUGACGCGUCAACAGGAACUUUCAGGUGACAAGCCAGACAAGCAGAUCAAGCUUGAUGAGACGCGCAGCAGCCUGGUGGUAAAGGACAAACCACAUGAUCAAGAGACAGACAUCACCAGUGACCUCAGUCUGUUGCAAGCUAUGACACGUCGUGCAUUAGCUAUGGAUUUGGUGGGCAUUGCAUCUUACAAUACAGUUAUGAAGUUUGUGAACCGAUUGUUUGCGCUGUUAACCCAGUUACCUGCACCUGGGUUUGGACGUCCAGGGCAUGCGCAACUUUUGCGCGCUGACAAGUUAGCAGAGACGAUCCAGCACAGUUUGCAAAGCGCUGGCUGCGAGCCAGAAAAUGCUGAGCAAUCAGCCAAGAUGCUGCCUGGGCGGACGCGAAUCAGUGAGUCCCAGCUAAAGAUUGACGCGGCGCUCUGCACAUAUUUUGCCAGAGAGUUCUUCGCAAAGUCAAUUGGACACUUGUAUUUGUGGGCAGACAGCAGCCCACAAGGCGGGACUGAUUGGCUGCUGUCAAUGCUCAGGAUUGUGCCCCAAGAACAGCUUGAACCCAGUGCGGCAGCUGCUCGCCGCUUGCAAGCUUCUGUUCAGGAUUUCCAGCUAGCCGUGUCGAACAAAGAUUUUGCUUUGUCGAUGGAAAUAGCAGAAAGACGACAUGAAGAUGGAGUUUUCCUUUCGAAAGCCAUCGCCUUGCACAGGCAAAUUCCCCUUGGGCUGGGCAGUGGGGAUUCGUCGCUCGAAAAGAAAAUGCUUUGCAUUUUUCGAAAGGUACUUGCUGAAACACAAGAUUUCAAAUUGGCGCGGAAAGCACUGAGAAAAGUUGUAUGCGUAUGCACAGACAUGGGCACAGAAGGGGGGCUCUCGCUUGCCCAAGGUCUUAAGCUGACAGAGCUUUGUCCUGCAUGGGUUUCGGAUGCCAAUGCAGGCUUGGUAUCCGAAGAUGAUUGGGUGAACCUGGCCGGCGGCGAUUCUGAUUCCGACAAUGAUGAAAGCUCUGAAUAUUUCCUGCCCAACUCGAUACCGCACCUGGCUAAAGGCGCUUUGCAGAGGUUUGACGCUUUGCCCCAAGCCAGUUUGCACCACCGUUUGACCUUAAAGUAUCUUGCCGCAGGGACAGAAGGACGAAGAGAAAUGGAAGCAUUUGUUGGAGGCGCGCCUCUUGAGGACCUACCAACACUUCGCAAAUUUGUUUGGAGCUUGCAAUUUGCACCGACCGUUGAAAGGGUGCAAGAAGGUGACCAUUCUAUAGUCAAUACUUUUGUGAACAAACGUGGCCGCUUCAGCGGUGCUUUUGUGAGCACAAGAUUACGCUUUCAAGAGAUCCGUGCAGUAGUUGCUGAACCAAGCAACUGCCGAAAGCUUGCCGCUUGCUAUGAUCUUGUUGAUGACCCUGAUGUUUUGGCUCGACAAUUAGGGUUUUCAAUGCGUCCACUGUGGACAGAAGCCAAGCGCCAGAAAUACACAAGGCGGUUGAAGUGCCAAGUGGCAGACCAAGUCUUGUAUUCCCUGGACCCAACUACGCAGUUUGUAUCUGUGAAGGCAGCUGCAAAGAAGCGGGCAGCCCGCAAGAAGGAGAAGGAGAAGCAAGAAGCAGCGGCUUUGCGCGCUUUUCUUCCACAAGCUGGGCGGCAACGUCAAUGGAAUAUUGGCAACGUGGAGCGGCUCGCUGCCGCACAUCAUUUGCAAGAGCGGAUGGUUGACGCAGCAUUGCAUGGACUUGUGGACGAAGGUGCAGCAUGGAUUGGCCAACAGGUUGAUCGGGCUUUGCAGGAGGCGCAUUUUGUCAACAGUCGGAACCUCACUCAGUCACUGCCGUGGGAAUCCGGAGUUUUUGCAACAAUUUUUGGAAGCAAUGACGAUUUUUUGGCAUCCAAUUUGGCUUCAUGUCCUUUGCCUCCUGACCUCGAGGAUGCACAGCCAACUGAGUCAAGUGUUGAUGCUUUGACAGGUGUCUCAAGUAAGAUUCUGAAGCGUGACCGCACUGACUGCAUUUUUUCACAGGUCGUCAAGUUGAAACGUGAUGUGGAUCAUCUUACAGCCAUAGAAGAGUCAUGGACGAAAGCACUGAAGAAGUGGCACACUGUUUUGGCAUGUGCUUGCUAUACAGGUUUAGUUGGUGCAGCAGUCAGGGAUGCAGUGAGCGAUGGAAGGGACUAUGGUAGUAUCCUCAGGGAUGUGUUUGGCAACAAAUCGCCGCGCACUGCAAACAAACGAGCAUCAACCAUGCUAGCACUUUUUGCGUGGCUGGACAAGAAGAAUCUCAGUGUGUGGCCAGUCAGAUCUGAUUAUGUUGCAGCUUACUUGAAUGAAUCAAGUGUGGGUGGCGCUGGCAGCACAAAGGGAAAAACAUUGAUGGAAGCCUUCCGUUUUUGCAAGCAUGUCAUGAGGCUGCCAGAUCUGGAUGAGAUCAUUGAUGAUCCUGUGCUGUCAGGUAGAGUGAGGCGCAUGGAUGCUGCAAGGGACACAAUCAAGCAGAGCCGACCGCUGACUCUUGCUGAGGUCAAAUUCAUAGAGGAGUUCAUGAUGUCUGACAUGAACGUCUUCGACAGGUACAUUGCUGGUUGUGUCCUCUUUGCAAUUUACAGCCGGUCAAGAUGGUCGGACUUGGCAUUCCUAAGUGACCUGGCUUUGGAUACGACAGAAACAGAGCUGGGUCGAAUUGGUUUUGUGGAAGGCUCAACAAGAUUUCAGAAGACUGGCUCCACAGCCUUGAAGCGGGCGAUGCAGAUGCCGCUGGUGGCACCCAUUUGUGGGGUGACAGACAAACUCUGGGCAGUUGAGUGGUUUCACAUUUUGGAUCAGGUUCAGUUUGACCUAGCUGCAGAACCAGUGGGAGCUAUGUGCAGACCUCCCAUGAAUGGCACAUUGGGCACUCGACAUUUGUCGUCUGAAGAGAUUGGCGAUUUCCUCAACCACAUGUUGGGGCUGCAUGGUGAGAAUGUGGUUACAAGCCACUGCAUGAAAGCCACAACGCUCACUUGGCGCAAGCCAGAUGAUGCAGUUUCAGUUUCAGAUGCUCCUCCAAAGACCCGUGUGAAGGUAGAGGCUCCUCCCAGUGCCUUUGGAUCCGAGGACCAACAUGGUAUUGACGGUGUUUGCGGUGUUGUGGAUCUUACAGAACCCGAGUGGGACCUUUGUGGUGCACCUGGCAGUGAGGCAGAGGAUGACCGGGCUGCUCAAGCUCGAGAGUCAUCAGAUGAGUCGAGCUCGACUUCAUCAAGCUCCUCUGCGUGUGAAGAACCGUUGCAACAGAAAUACGGUGCUGCUGGUGAGACCAAGGACUGUGAGGAGCCGGUGUAUCAGCAAAAAAAGAGCUGGGUCUUACACAGGCCUAACAAAGUGUCUGGCUUGAUGGCGUGUGGCAGGAAGGUUGGCAGUAGCUACAACUACUUGGAACAUGGGGCUUCUUUCAAAUGGGCACGGUGUGCAAUCUGUUUCAAGGGUGAGGUCAUCACCAAGGUUCAGGACCUUGCCGAUGCGUUGGAAGCUGUUCAUGCCAAGCGACGUGCUCAGAAGUGA